AUGGCGUCAGAACGUCGUCGCGGGAGACGGCAACGCGUGUGCUCGUGGUGCUCGCAAUCGUUCACCAAGGAUGACCACCUUGCGCGGCACAUAAGGACUCACACUAGGGAGAAACCAUUUGUCUGCGCGGUUUGUAGGAAAGCCUUCAGUCGACAGGACUCCCUGCUGCGACAUUCCAGAAACCACCCUCAACCCGCUGGUUUCGACGACCAAACAGCAACCACAGGUGCCCAACUCAUUAACCACUAUCCCAGUCCCUCGCUCCACGGUUCCCUGUGCCUCGGCCAAACGUGCGCUCAGUCUCAAUUCGCGGAGGCCGGCAGGGGUGCGACUGCCUCCACCGGUGGCUUGCCUCUCGAUGGAAGCAGCCUAUAUUCGCCUCCUAUUGAACCUGGCGACCGACCUGGGUUGUGUACAGGAGCUGGGGCCGGCCCCAGUCUCCCUGAUAUAAGAACCCAGCAUAGCAGCGACACUUGGAAUGCGAGGGAAGUAAACGAGCCCUAUGGGUGGGGAUCAGGGGCGGCCCCUCAGAUUCCCGGCUGGUUUGUGAAUGAGGAAUUCGACUUGGAUGCGUUCAACUUAUGUAUCCUCGACUCGGCGUCCAACUGGCUUCCGCGCGCAUAUGAUGAUCCUGUGUUAAACGCCUCAUACGAGGUGGACCAGGUGGUUUCCGAACCCCCAAGUGCACCCCCCAAGGAGGACUUGGUCAAGCAGCAUUGGUUUAACUUCAUUACACCGAGCACUACUGGAUCUGUGACCCCGGACGUGGAGCCAGAAGGAGCCCAAAUAAGUGAUGAAUACAGAGACAGUCUCGCUCACAAACUACACCAAACUGUGCCCAGCUCACCCCUACCGUCCACGGAUGCCAUGAAUCUUUGCAUUCAGAUGUACUUCACCAAGUUCAGCCCUGUAUUUCCCAUUGUGCAUGCGCCAACAUUCCGCCCGUCUGCUAAGAGUUCACUCCUGCUCCUUUCGAUCUGUUCGGUGGGCAGUCUCUUCAUCGGCUCGCCCGGCGCUGCAACUCACGGGGAGAGAAUAUUCGAGAUGCUGAACAAAGCAAUACUUGCAUCUUGGGAGCGAUAUAUCGCUCGAGGUGGGACAGAAGCUAUUGCGAUGGUGCAAGCGGCCAUAAUUGGGCAGACCUUUGGUCUCCUAUCUGGGAGACCAAAGGACUUACUCGUGGCGGAAACUUUCCAUGGCACGGUGAUUGCGGUUAGUAUUGGCCUGCAAACUCAGCAUAUCGAAAAAGCACUGACAGACCGGAAGUGGGCGAGGCGCUAUGGCAUGUUUGGUGUGCGCUCCGAAUCCAUUGACUCGCUUCGCGACGAAGCUAGAUUACACCCGAAGGCAGCAUGGGUGUCCUGGGUUCGAAAGGAAGAGCAAAAGAGAUUGGCUCUUGCGCUGUGUAUCCACGACGCUGAAAUAUCUGGACUAUUGCUUACAGCCCCUUUCCUGAGAGUUCCGGCUGCAAGCCUGCCCAAUAUUGCUGGGGACAGUCUAUGGGAAGCCUCUACCGCGGAGGAGUGGUGUAGCGUGAUUGAGGGCCAGAUAUCAACCUCUGCUGUGUCCAAUGAGCCUCGCACGCCACACAGUUCUGGCGGCGCGUCACAACUUCCGGAACCCGGGAGCAUCAAGCACAGAUCGGGCUUCAGACAAUGUGUAGAGCUCGAAUUGAUAUCAUCCAACAUCAUGGAAGAUUGGAAGAAAGGGGAGCCAUGCAUACCGGAUUACAAUGAAAUGCUUGUCCGUUUUCACGACCUAUAUCUCCAGGGAAACGAUAGCCCUGCCGCAGAUGCAUUUUUGCUCCACGCCCUUUGCCACUCGGCAUACAUCAGCCUGUUUGUUGAUAUAAAUCGACUCGAGGUUGCAGUGGGAAAGUGUGGCCACGAGCAGGCACAACUGCACCGCAGCUAUGCUUCUGAAUGGGCCUCCUCCGUAGCAGGCCAUCGGUGUGCUCUGCAUGGUGCACUUAUCCUCCGCCACCUCGAAUCAACAAGAAUUGGCACCGAGCCGCCCAUCCAUAUCCCUCGCGUCCUAUUCCGUGCUGCACUCGUGUGGCUUUGUUAUUGCGAAUUCGGGCAAGGGCAAUCCAGCUUACUCCCGGCAACAACGGACUUCCCAGAGCUACUGUCCCUCGGGAUAGACUGUCAGAAGGUACUCUUCGAGGCCAAUAAUUUCAAAUCUGUAAGGCCCAGUGUUGCCGAAUGCAGGACCUUCUAUGCGCUCAUUGAUCUGCUGGAUCGGAUCGGGCAUUGGGGUAUAUCUCACAAACUUGGACGUCUUCUUAGGGUUAUGGUGUAG